AUGGCACACGAGGAGGAGAAUUUAGAUCAAUGGGCGCCUAAUCCCUUUUCCCGCAAGGAACAACGAAAAGCAGCAGUGAAGAGAAUCGAUUCAGUGGUUUCUAGAUACGGAGGACAAUUAAUUGCUUGGGAUGUAGUGAAUGAGAAUCUUCAUUUCAGAUUCUUUGAGGAUAACCUUGGUGAAAAUGCUUCUGUAGCAUUCUACUCCACAGCUCAACAGCUCGAUCCUGGCACAAUUAUGUUCCUGAAUGAGUAUAAUACAAUCGAGUAUCCUUUAGACCAGGAAGCAAGUGCAGCCAACUACACGAAGAAACUUCAAGAGAUCCUAUCAUAUCCUGGAAAUGCUAAUCUGUCAGCUCGAAUAGGGUUGCAAGGUCACUUUGGUUCUAGCCCGCCAAACCUUGCUUACAUGAGAUCUACUUUAGACAUGUUAGGUGCCACAAGAUUUCCAGUAUGGCUCACAGAAGUGGAUGUGCAAAAAGGCCCAAACCAGGCCCAGUACUUGGAAGAGAUACCAAGGGAGGGUUUUUCUCAUCCUGCAGUUGAAGGGAUCAUCAUGUUUGUAGAUCCAUUGGCAGCUGGUUUUAAUGUUACCACACUUGCAGAUAAAAACUUCAAAAAUACUCCAGCAGGAGAUGUUGUGGAUAAACUGCUUGAUGAGUGGAAGUUUGGGACUCAGGAAACCACAACAGAUGACGAAGGAUUUACAAAUAUUUCUCUGUUUCAUGGAGAUUAACUGUACAAAACCACAUCACCAAUUCCUCAGCUACUCUAAGCCUUAGGGUCACACAAGAUGAACCACAAACAAUUGUCCAGCUUAAUAUUGAUACCUGAAACAUCAGUUAUCAAGUAAAUUUUUUUUGUUAUUUUGUUUUAUUUUGUUUAAGAGUUAAAAAUUCUCAUUAGUGCAUGUCCCAUCCAUUAGGACAUUUGCAACAUAAGGAUUAUACUAUAUACUCUUUCAGUUACUUACUUUUCUCCAUUACCACCCCUCUUGUUCCAAAAGUUCAAGAUCUUCUUCCUCUCCUUUUUCUGAUCCAAUUACAUACACUUUGCAAUUUCUGUGUAGCCAGUGAGACAGAAAUAAGGCGCCAAAGCAGGGGAACUGAUCAGAAUUGCUGCUAUUCGUGCUACUGAAACUGCCAUGGAGU